CCCGCCGCUCCCAGUGGGCCUCGUGGGGCCCGGGAGUCACUCGAGUUGCCCCUUAGCCCACGUGGCCCUGGGAUACUCCACCCAGGGAAAGAAGUCGGGACAGCGCGGUGGUGGUGGGGGGUCGCAACGGCCGGGUUCUGGCGCGGAGCACCGGUUCCCGCUGCCUCUGCGAGUCUCUUUGUGGCCUCCGGAGUGACAGUGGGGAAAAAUCAUGUCUUCCUCCAGACUGGGGCUCCGUUUGGCUGCCUGUUUACUAAACAUUUCAGAAGCUAGAAGAAAAUGCGUUGUUGAGAACAUAGCAAAAGCAGCUCUUCUUGACAAAAAUGGACAGAAAAAUCCUGAAGUAACAGUGCUCAAUGUAUUUUCUGAUGAAGACUAUAACAGAUCAGUCAUUACAAUAGCAGCUUCUAUUGAUAAGUUGGGCAGCUCCGUUCUGGCUACUUGCUUGGAGGCCUUCCAUGCUAUUGAUAUGGAAGUUCAGGAGGGAAUCCACCCUUGCCUGGGCGCUGUGGACCUGAUUCCGAUUUACCCUCUCUCUGGUGUCGGAGUGGAAGAGUGUGGAAUGGUGGCAAGAAGCCUGGCCCAGGAGCUGGCCCUGCACAUCCCCGGCUGCAGCGUGUUCCUCUUUGGGGAGGCUGACCUGCCUGAGAAGCGCAGUCUUGUCCAGAGAAGGAAGCAGCUGGGCUGGUUCACAAGGAGGGACUUCAGUGCUCUUGAGCCUGACCUGGGAGCUGCCCCUGCCCGAAGAUGUGGUUUGACAGGUGUUGGUGCUAGCCCGUACGUGAUGAACUGCAACAUUACCAUUGAUUCUCAAGACUUGCCAGUGGGAAGAGAGAUCGCAAGUGCCAUUCGGGGCUCCAGUGCAAACGGAUUGAAAGGUGUCCAAGCAAUGGCUUUUCCCCACAAAGGGAAAAUUGAGAUAGCUUGCAAUGUAGAGUGCUUUGAAGACCAACAAGCUACAGAAAUCUCAGAAGACUCUCAAUACGUGGUUUACAGCGUCCUCGACAACCAUUUUUCGUAUGUGUCUCCUCAUUACAUAGAAGCUCAAGUUAAAAAGUUGGCAGGUGAUCGGGGAAUUGGUACUACAGGGACAGCAUUAGUUGGAUUUACACCCCAAGAGUGCAAGGACUGUGCUGAAUAUGCUAUAAAGGAAAAUAUUGGGGAAUUCUGGAAGAUUCGGGGAGGUAUUUUCAUGUGAUCCGAUCUAAGGCUUCAUUGAAAUUUUAGGGAAAGUUAUUAGUCAUUGCAAAUUUUCUUUUGGCCAGUGAAGAUAUGGGGAAGCUACAGAGAGCUUAGGUGAAGCUGUGUAUUGGAAAAUUGGAAGCAUUCUUUGUUUAGCAACAACAAAUGUUCAUAUGUUAUCCAUGAUUGCCCUAUGGAAUGUCUAGUCAUCAUUAACACUUUGAAAGAAUCUCCAUACUAUGUUCUAUAGAGGUUUUACCAGUUUGCAGUCCCACCAACAGUGUAUGUGUUUCUUCCACUCCACAUCCACACCAGUGUCUACUGUCCUGAGACUUUUUGAUAAAAGCCAUUCUUGGGGUAUAUGGUAUCCCUUUGUGCUUUUGAUUGGUGUUUUCUUGAUGACAUUAAGCAUUUUUUAUCUUGUUUAUUGGCCAUUAGCUUAUCUUCUUUUAAAAAGCUUUUAUUCAUGUCUUUUGCGCACUCUUUAAUGAGAUUGUUUGAUUUUUUUCAUGAUGAUUUUUUUGAGAAAAUAGUGUUGAGAUUCCUCCAGGAACUAAAAGUAGACCUACAUUUGAACCAGCAAUCCCACUACUAGGUAUUUAUUUCAGGAAAAAAUGUCAUUUUAUCAAAAAUACAACUGCAUUAAAAUGUUGAGUGCAGCACAGUCCACAAUCGCAAACAUGUGGAAUCACCCCAAGUGCCUAUCAGUUCAUGAAUGGAUUAAUAAAAUGUGGUAUAUGGAUACCGUGGAAUACUACUCAACUAUAAGAAAAAAUGAAUUGAUAACCUUUUGCAACAAUCUGGGUAAAACUGGAGACCAUUCUCCAAAAUGAAGUAUCACAAGAAUGAAAAAACAAGCACCACCUGUACUCAAUGCAAAAUUGGAACUAACCGAUCAGCACUCAUGUGCACAGAUAGAAGAAAAGUUCAAUGGAAAUUAAGCAAGUAGGAUGAAAUUAUACCUAACAGGUACAAUGUAUACUUUCUGACUGCUGACCACACUUAGAACUUUGACUUGAGCAGUCCAAAAGUAAUCCAUGUAACCAAAACAUUUGUACCCCUGUAAUAUUCUGAAAUAAUAAUAAAUUAAUUAAUUAAAAAACAAUUGGAAUGCAUCUUCUUGUCACAAGGUAUAGUAACUUGUAAAUAUUAGAAACUCUGCUGAAUCAGCUGGGUAAAACGGCUGUGGGGGCUAAUUAUUAGGGGAAAAAGCUAAAAUGGAGUUGAUUUGGUUUUCCUGAAUGAAUCUUAAGUUCUGUAUUCAACUCUUGUUUUAUGAGUAACCAUUCUUUUAAAAUACGCAUUUUAAAAAAUCAAGUACAGGGUGGUGCCUGUGGCGCAGUGAGUAGGGUGCCGGCCCCAUAUACCCAGGGUGGCGGGUUUGAGGCUGGCCCCGGCCAAACUGCAACAAAAAAAUAGCCCAGUGUUGUGGCAAGCACCUGUAGUCCCAGCUACUUGGGAGGCUGAGGCAGGACAGUUGCCUAAGUCCAAGAGCUAGAGAUUGCUGUGAGCUGUGACGCCACAGUACUCUAACGAGGAAGACAAAGUGAAACUUGUCUCUAAAAAAAUAAAAAUAAAUAAAAAUUAAAAAAUCAAGUACUAAGUGAGCAAAAAGUGGGGGGAAAUUAUAAAAUAAAAUCUGUCUUUGGAAGCAUGAUUGUUCUUUUUUGGCUUUGUUCAUUAAGAGAUAACACCAUAAGUCAGUUUUGUCUAACCAUAGUGCUGUGACGUCACAGCUCACAGCAACCUCAAACUCUUGGGCUUAGGCGAUUCUCUUGCCUCAGCCUCCCAAGUACCUGGGACUACAGGUGCCUGCCACAACGCUCAGCUAUUUUUUAUUUAGUUUUAUUUUUUUGAGACAGAGCCUCAAGCUGUCGCCCUGGGUAGAGUGCUGUGGCAUCACAAAUCACAGCAACCUUCAACUCCUGGGCUUAAGCGAUUCUCUUGCCUCAGCCUCCCAAGUAGCUGGGACAGGGCGCCUGCCACAAUGUCCAGUUAUUUUUUGGUUACAGUUGUCAUUGUUGUUUGGCAGGCCUGGGCUGGAUUCAGACCCGUCAACUCUGGUGUAUGUGGCUGGUGCCAUAGCCGCUUGAGCUACAGGCGCUGAGCCCCGGCUAUUUUUUAGAGAUGGAAUCUUGCUGUUGCUCAGGCUGGUCUCGAACCUGUGAGUUCAGGCAGUCCACUUGCCUCAGCUUCUCAAGUGCUUGUCUAACUUUUUAAUGUUUAUAGAGGGAGAUGGCAUGGUGGUGUGGGCUUCAUUCAAGGGAGUAUUUAUUCUUUUUGGAAUUUAAAUGGAAAGUCUAAAGUUUUAGGAAAUAUAUUGCUUUUGACCAAAGAGAAAGGUAAAGGUGGAAGAAAUUUUAAAGGUGGAAUGAAAUAAAAAUUGUUGAUUCUGGCAAUUUUAUGUAAAUCUUUAUUAUUUACAUUGCUUUAGUACAAUAUGCUUUCUAUCCAUAAAGCACAGAGAAAUGAAUAUUUCCACAAAUUAUGUUUAGCAAGAAUGCUUAACUUUUUAAAUAAGAGCACAAAAUGUGAAUUUGUUUUAAGGAAUUGAAAAUAGAAGAGGCUGAACUCAAAUAUUUUUAUAGGAUCUUGUGAUCAGUCCUAAUUUUUUAAAGCUUAUAUUAGACUCUUGAAUCUGAUUGCAUUUAUUUUGUUCCAGAAUUGCAAUUCUGUGGGCAUUUUCUUUUCUUUGUUAAUAUAAUUACAAAAAUAUGGAAAAAAUGAUGGACUAGGUAUGGUUUGCAGACUUAAGGAAUGUUAGUUGCUCUGGUGAAGAGAGAAAAUGCUGUCCGGUUAGACCCAAUGCAUCAUUUUCUCAGUCUGGUGCCCAGUUCUUCCCUUGCUCUGGCAGAGGCCACAUGGUUGAAGAGCACUGGAGGAUGGAUGGGAGCGCAUGGGUUCUAGUCCUAGCUCUUACCUUCAUGUAGCAGUAGUUCCAUUACCUAUAAACAAGGAAAAUAAUUCCCACCUUGACUGAGAGCUGUAUUUGGGGGAAAUAAAUGUCUAUAAGCUGAUUUUUUUUUUUUUUUUUUUUUUUGAGACAGAGUCUUACUUUUUCACCCUGGGUAGAGUUCCAUGGCAUUAUAGCUCACAGCAACCUCAAACUCUUGGGCUCAAGAGAUCAUCUUGCCUCAGUCUCCUGAGUAGCUGGGACUACGGGCACUCUCCACAACUGGUUAUUUUUAGAGACAAGGUCUCGCUCUUGCUCAGGCUGGUCUCAAACUCCUGAGCUCAGGCAAUCCACCUGCCUCAGCGUCCCAGAGUGCUAGGAUUACAGGCAUGAGCCACCAUGUCUGGCUUUGUAAGCUGUAAUGUAAAAAUAAAAUGUAUCAAUGGUCUUUUCAGAUCUAUUGUAGAGCCUACUUCAGUUUUGGAUGUCAGUGUUAAACGCGCAGGCAUGGGUGACAGCACAUGAUGCCAAGGAUUGAUUGAUCUGGGGAAAGGCAAUUCAGUUGCCAGCUGCCUGAAUCAGCCUCUCCAGGUCCCUGGGACUGCAUUCCAGACUCUGGCUUUCAGCAAGGCUGAUUGAAAACCAAACUUCUAUUGAUAUUUAAUGGGUACAAUAUUUCAGUUUUGGAAAAUGAAAAACGUCCUGGAGAUGGGUGGUUGUGAUGGUUGCACAACAAUAUGAACGUACUUUAUGCCACUCAAUGACAUCCUUAAAAAUGGUUAAAAUGGUAGUGAAUUGUAUGUUCUAUAUAAUUUACCACAAUUAAAAAUGAACAGAAAGUAUAUAUUUGUUCCAAGAAGUUAAAAAAAAACAACCCAAUCUCAGUAAAAUAAUUUUACUAAGUCCAUAUGUUCUAAAUAAAAUGUUGGCAAAUUCCGAAUAUCCGUUAAUGUAUACAAAUAUCUAAGACCUGUUUUCCCCUUUUUAAAUCUAUUUUGGUGGGUUCUGAUGUUACAUAUAGUUUAGUUAAUGGUUUAAAAGAGAGUUAAUUAAAUUUGACC